CAUCAACCAUUUCAUCAAUACAAAAGUUUAUACUCUCUCAACGUACCAAAUAAGUAAUCAGUCUAGAGAUGGAAGGCAAAACUGUGAUUUUAAGUGUGCUCAUAAUGAGUCUUGUCAUGGCGCAUAAUCAGGUCGAAGCAACGAGUUGUUGCCCAAGCAGCGCUGCCAGAUGGGCGUAUUAUUUAUGCACUAUGUCUUGGCCCAUUACGCCACUUUGUAUAUCACACACUGGAUGCAUCGAUUCUGAGACUUGUCCUCCGGGAUAUCCAUAUGCAAUUCUCGAAAACUCUGGUCAUACUGUCAAUGAAUACUGCAAGUUGGGGUGUGCAUCAUCUGCUUGCGGUGCCUUAACCAAACUCCAGAAAUCCGAUGCAAAUGAAAUUGUGAAUGGAGCAGUUGCACGAUGCACCAACGCAUGUUCUAAUUUCUGCACCAAGGGUUUAGCUAAUGCAGUUGAAGCUUCCUAAAAAGCACAUCCAUUAUCUACGUAUAUCUGUGUUAUUGUUCUCCCCGUUUCAAUAAUUCUCGGUGUAUGUGACAAAAUGUUACACUCUUGUACUAUUUCCAGGUUUUCUAUGUGGCGUAGAAGGUCAUCGAUCCCUAGAUUGUUUGUCCCUUCUACUUGCUAUAUCUAAAUAAAGAAUAAUAUUUCCUUC